CUUUAAUAAAACUGCCACUUUCUCGCUGUCAAAGACCAUGGCCGACGAAAAGAAUACCCCGCCCACGGUAGACGUGGAGCAAGACGUGAAGAAGAAUGUCGACCCGACCUUGGAGAAACAUGCCCACGAUGCCGACGAGGCGAUGAAGGCUUUCCAAGAGCUGCAGGGCGAAUCGAUCACGUUGGACGAGGCGACGAACAAGCGGCUGCUGCGGAUUAUUGACUGGCAUAUGAUGCCGAUCAUGUGUUUUGUGUACGGAAUGAAUUAUCUGGACAAGACUACGCUCUCGUAUGCCAGCGUCAUGGGCCUGAAGCCGGAUCUAGGCUUGGAAGGGGAUCAAUACCAGUGGCUGGGCAGUUUAUUCUAUUUCGGAUACCUGGCAUGGGAAUACCCGACAAAUCGGCUGCUCCAGCUUCUUCCUCUAGGGAAGUACUCGGCCGCGUGUAUCAUUAUAUGGGGUGCAAUCCUUUGCUGCUUUGCGGCGGUUCAUAACUUUCCGGGGGCGGUUGCUAUUCGCUUCUUUCUGGGUGUUUUUGAGGCAUCUGUCACUCCGGGGUUUGCUUUGUUGACCUCUCAGUGGUAUACCAAACAAGAACAAGGCAGUCGAGUCAACAUCUGGUUCAGUUUCAAUGGCUGGGGACAAAUCCUUGGUGGUUUCGUGGCAUAUGGCAUUGCAGUCGGCACCGAGAGACAUGGAUCAGCCAUCGAGCCCUGGAAGAUCGUGUUCCUCGUAACCGGUCUACUCACGGUGGCCCUUGGAGUCAUCUUUCUCUGGAUCGUCCCAGACAGCCAGCUGAACUGCCGCUGGCUCAAGCAGGAGGACCGCGUUCUCGCCAUUGCCCGCGUGCGCAUCAACCAGCAGGGCAUCGGAAACAAGUACUUCAAAAUCUACCAGGUGAAGGAAUCCGUGUUGGACCCCAUGACCUGGGCCUUCUUCUUCUUUGCCCUCAUCGCCAACAUCCCCAACGGCGGCAUCACCAAUUUCUUCAACCAGCUGAUCACUAGCUUCGGCUAUACCGAAAAACAAAGCCUCCUCUACGGCACCCCCGGCGGCGCCGUCGAGAUCGUCGCCCUCCUGCUGAACGGCUACAUCGGCCAAAUCACCAACCAACGCAUCCUCUGCAGCUUCGGCGGCCUGAUCACUUCCAUCGUCGGGAUGAUCCUCAUCGUCGCUCUCCCGCUGGACAACAAUGUCGGUCGAUUGAUCGGGUACUACAUGACGCAAGCCAGCCCGACGCCGUUCGUCGCGCUACUGUCGAUGAUCUCUUCCAAUGUCGCCGGAUAUACCAAGAAAACGACGGUCGCUGCAUUCUACCUCAUCGGAUACUGUGCUGGGAAUAUCAUCGGCCCUCAAGUCUUCCGCCCACAAGACGCCCCGCGCUACGUCCCCGCCGAAAUCACCAUCAUCGUCUGCUGGGGCGUCUGUCUCAUCCUGCUGGGCUUUAUCUGGUGGUGGUACAAGAAGGAGAAUGAGCGGAAGGCCCGCGUCCGAGCGAGUCCGGAAUACGUGAGGUUGGAGAACCAGGAAUGGUUGGACCUGACGGAUCGCGAGAAUAGCGAGUUUGUGUAUUCGUUGUGAGAAUCUCUCCCUGUCUAUACGCUGGGUUUCGUAUGUUUUAUCCGUCCGAUUCCACCUGUCCUAUCCUAUUUCACCGUGGAGAAAU